GAUUUUCGUUUCGGCAACGCAUACUACAGCGCAGACAAGUUAUCUUGUCCGUGGUUGAACCGUCAUUAUCUGGGAGCAGAGGGACGGAGGCUGAUAAAGGCCAUCAUCCGUUUGGCAAGUAAACUCCCGUCUACUUUCCAUUCUCGCUCGUGUUUCCGUUUCGAAGGUCUGCUCAUUGCUUCGUCGUCACAUUUACGCUGUACACCGUUCGCUUCUCGCUCUUUCUGCAUUUCAAUUUGCUUGGAAGAAUCGUAUGGUGUGGUUAUACGCUGUGGCGCGGCUGAAAUAAUUCUCUCUUCGGGUUACCCUGGUGAUUUGUAUUUAUCGGUAAAUGUCUACUUGCAGUCGAAUCGUGAAACAAGAAGAGAUAUUGGUUCGCCAAUCGAAACUUGCGUAAGAGAAGAAAUGGAUGCGAUCAAACCUGGCUGGUUCAGUGAAAUUAACAACGAUCUAUGGCCAGGAGUUUCAUUGUCUCUCGAGGUCCUCGAUGUAAUUCAUCGAGAACGAUCGGAGUAUCAGGAGGUGAUGGUGAUCGACACGAAAUCACAUGGGAGGACCCUAAUUUUAGACGGUAUCAUACAAUGCACGGAGAAAGACGAAUUUUCGUAUCAGGAGAUGAUCGCGUUUCUACCGUUGUGCAGCCACCCAAAUCCGAAAACUGUGUUAAUAGUUGGAGGUGGUGACGGCGGGGUUGCUCGUGAAGUAGCGAAACAUCCGCUAGUAGAACGAAUCGUACAAGUCGAAAUCGACUCGAAAGUACUAGAGGUAUCCAGAAAGUAUUUGCCUACGAUGAGUGUGGGACUCGAUCAUCCUAAAGUCACCCUUAACGUAGGCGACGGUUUCCAGUUCUUGCAGCAACACAAUGAAGAAUUCGACGUUAUAAUUACCGAUAGUAGCGAUCCUAUCGGUCCAGCAGAGUGCCUAUUCCACGAAUCGUACUUCAAUUUAAUGAAAAAUGCGUUGAAACCUGGUGGAAUCGUUUGCAGUCAAGCGGGUACUGCGUGGUUGAAUCUCAGCCAUGUAACACAAACUUUGCAACAUUGUAAGUCCCUAUUUCCGGUUGCAACUUACGGUGUUGCUUCCGUGCCUACCUACCCCACGGGACAAAUUGGAUUCGUGCUUGGAGGAUUAAACCCUGAAACGAACUUCAAAGAACCGAAGAAGGUUUUCAGUCACAGCGAACUCGAUGAAAUGAACAUGAAGUAUUAUGACGACGCUGUGCACCGAGCCGCCUUCAUUCUCCCAAGGUUUAUAAUAAAAGCAUUGAACGAAGUCGUCGCCAAAAAAUAGUCGUUAAAUCUUUUCUCACAGUUUUUGAUGCACCAUCGCUGAAGAUGUGUCGACGAAAUUAUGAAGAUGUUUUUACAAUUCUUGAAUUCAUAUUAUCGUGUAUCAUUGUUAACUCAAUUCGAUUCGAUCGAGCUAUCAGCCUGAAAAAUAGACUAAAUAAUUUAAUAAAUUAAAAUAGAAUGUCCUGUUUAAAUCAUA